CGCGAACGUGGCCCGGGAAAACGGGCACGGGGUUGGGCUUGGGGGGAAGGGAGCGGGGAAGAAUAAAGCUCCCGGGGACGAGUCCAGCUCCGACGAAGAUGACGUGAAAAUGCUGGACCCGCAGAGGAGGGAAAUGCGCAACGUGCGGAAAACCAUCGAGAAAAUGACGGGGAAAAAACAGAGCGCGAAAGAGGUAGAAGAAGAUAUGCAGUGUAACGAUAGAUAAUAAGUUGUACAUGUAAUGCAUGAAACAAAUUGUUCACCAUGAUUCACCCUGUGGACGAAGAAAGUGCAACUGGGAAAUUUUCCACUUUGUAUACUGUGUUGUUAAUCGCACUUGAAGUUAAAAGUUAAACUUACAAGAAAAACUACAGCUCGCGAUGCAGGAGUUUGAGAAACCGGACGCCCAAGUGGCUUUCGAGCUGUUGCGCGCCAUCAUUCUCCUUGGGUGGGUCUUGUAUCCCGUGGGCUACCUCGUGGGCUACGUCACGGCGGAGAAGGUGGACGGACAUCUGGUUCUGCGAAAUCGCGAAGAAAAGGCGCUCAACCGUAUAUAAGGAAUGCUUUCCACUAUUUUUCAUGUUUUACGAAUUUGUUCGAGGUCGUAUAAAGGGAGGUAGCUUAGCAGCAGUGUAGGAGCAACAUACCAAGUUUCGAUCUAGUAAUGUUGCAGCUCAUCAUGCCAAUUAAAGAAAACACCAUAAAACACCACCCAACCACAGUUAUCUACAACGUGGCCGACCUGCUGAACAAGUGCGCCUUCGGUUUUUGCGUCUUCUUUGCCGCUAACAGUGUGAGCGAACGGGAGAAAGCGAACCGAAAUUCGGACCUGGAGCAGAACAAGAAGAUGAGUUCUUUGCAGCAGCAGCAGCAGCAGCAGCAGCCGGCGAACCGUUUCCAGCUGGGACAUCUCGGACAGUGGCCGACCUUUGGGAUGAUGGCACCACCAGUGGGAGCUCCCGGUGGUGGGCCGGGCGCGAGUAGUGGUGCUGGUGGUCACCAGCACACCUCAUUUUUCGGCGGCAGCCCAACGUUGCUAAAGGACAGCACGUAUAUUCGAUAUUUUCUGGAUUUCGUGUGGUAAGUAGGUAGAGUGUUGGAGUUGGAUCAACAUAAAUAUGGAUUGCUUUGCAUGUAGUAGUUAUCAUGUGAACGACGGACGAAGGCCAUUCUUCACGACAGUAGUCCUCCACCUCUUCUUCUCAAAACGAAAAAACAGCAAGAGUCGCGACGCCAGUCCAUCGAAGCAGAACAAGUUCACCAUUGAGGGUUACGUUUCCCCAACCAGCAACGCAAGCCCGGCACACCAGGCGAAUAUCGUGAGCACGGUGUUGCACGCGGCGGCAGAAUCGGUGUCACCAACCGCAGGAACGAGUCCGAAGAAGGAAAACGAAAAUCUGAAAGACGAGGAGGAGCAAGACGAGGAGACACGGAAGAAAAAAGAGGCAAAGACGAGCAGCAGCUCCACCAGCGGUCACCACCAGGGUGGUCAACAGUUUCAGAAUGGAAUGUUCGGCGGAGGUCCGAUGAUGAUACCCGGCAGCCCAUUCCCCCAGUAUGGCGGACCAGGCGGGACGAUGAUACCGACGAUGCCGAUGUUUCCCCACGGACAUCACCCAAUGAUGGACCCCAGCAUGUACAGCUUUUUCCCUAUCAAAUGCAUAUAUGUCUGGGUCUGGAAACUUGUGAUGCUAAAAUGUGCAUGAUGAAAACACUUCCGAAUGCAGCCCAGCAUUAAAACAAAACGCUUUCUCAUAGGCAAUCCGCAUGAGAAACUGCGUUUUUGCAUGACAAAAGAGGCUGCAAUGCAGAUUUUGUUGGUUAUGGAUGCAAUACAGAUUUUCCAGGAAUGUAGAGCUAGCAUUACAAGGUCCAUCCUUCCAGACCCAGACACUUUUGCCGUGCAUAUUCCCGCCCGGUGCACCACUGCACCAGCACCCCGGCGGUGGCAUGUACGGAGGGGGUGGGCCUGGCGGGGCAGCGGCGAUGGGCAACGGCAUGUCAUCAGCAACAUCGGCCGGAGGAGCAGCUUUCGCAGGCCAAAUGAGUGCGGGUGGUCCGAACCAAAUGGCGAACGUGGUUCCCGGCGGGAGACCGACGUUCGAGCAGACGCCGGCGUCGUCUCAGCAGAUCAUCCAAAAUCCGAAUUUCGGCCGGGGCAGGCCGGGGAACGACACCCCGUCGGACUUUGACGACAUCGAACUACCAAUGCCGCCACCGAAAAAUAAGCAGAACCAAGCGCAGCGGGCAAGCAUCUCGAUCGACCCAGCGACCGGGGGCAUUUCCUUCGGCGGUGGGGGCGGGUCUGGAGGCGGUGGUGGUGGCGGCAAGAGAAAAAGCAGCAUCAUGGUACUAUGCAAAUCGACCCAACUACAUAAGUUGCUGAUGAAGGAGAUGCGGUAGCGUUUUUUUUCUUGUGUAAGUUCAACUUCAAGUAGUUUUUUCAUCACAUAUAAAACACAGAUGAACCCGGAGACCGGCGGAAUUUCCAUCGGCGAUCCCAAGUCGGGCGGCAUGGAAAUCGUACUGAAGCAAAACAAACGGAGCUCCGCAACCAAGGGGUCACCAAAUCGCAGCAAGGAGCAGAUGAUUGUCAUCGGAUAAUGUUUUGUUUCUACUGAAGGUGG